GCAUGAUGGGCGGCACACCGUGGGCGGCUGCAGGGACUCUGUUAUCACAGGUAGGAAGUUUUUAAAAAGGCAUGCAGAUGAACUGUGUUAGAAAAACACCAAAGAGGAGAAGGGUGUUGUAUCAUACAGCUGCUUCUUACUAUAACACUUCAGUGGUGUCAGGAACAUUUGGAUCCAAAACAGCACUCUUUUGGAAGAGGAAAUGGGUGAACAGACUACAUCACCAGACGGGUCUCAACUUUCGGAUGAUUAUAACUAUGCUGAUGAAGACCAAGAUUAUGAUGGAUUGUGUGACAUUAAAAGCAAAACUAACGUGUCAUACCAAAUUUACUCUUUCAUAUGUGCACUUGGACUACUGGGCAAUGUUCUAGUCCUUGUCACAUAUGCAUUUUAUAAAAAAGCCAAGACCAUGACAGAUAUCUAUCUAGUAAACGUGGCCGUGGUGGAUCUCUUGUUUGUUCUUGCCUUGCCUCUGAUCAUUUAUAAUGAGCAGUAUAACUGGAGCAUGGGUACCUGGGCUUGUAAGGUACUACGAGGAAGCUACAGCAUCAACCUGUACUGCAGUUUGCUCUUGUUGGCCUGCAUCAGCGGAGACCGCUAUAUAGCCAUUGUUAAAGCAAGGCGUUCGUUUGGAUUUCGCUCCAGAGCCCAGAUAUACAGUCGUCUCCUCUGCACGAUAAUAUGGCUAUUUGCUAUUGUAUUAUCCCUGCCAACAUUCAUAUACUCCGAUCUAGGAGAGGAUUAUGUUAAUGGAACUCUAGAAAUUGAGUGUAGCUUGACAUUUGUGACAAAUGGCACAGCACAGCUGAUGAAAAUCCUCCUGCCUAGCAUGCAGGUGUCUGUGGGUUUCUUCAUACCUCUGCUGGUGAUGGGCUUCUGCUACUGCAGCAUCAUUUACACUCUACUCAGAGCACAAAAUUAUCAAAGGCACAAGGCACUGCGCGUGGUUCUGGCUGUAGUUCUGGUGUUCAUCCUCUGUCAUUUGCCCUAUAACGUCACGCUCCUGAUCCACACAAUUCGGCUGUUCAAGCAGAGAGACUGCGAUGCAGAACAGAACAUCCACUUGGUUUUGUCUGUGACCAGAAGUGUGGCAUAUCUCCACUGCUGCCUCAAUCCCAUCCUUUACGCCUUCAUCGGAGUCAAUUUCAGGAACCAUUUCUUCCAGAUCAUUGAGGAUUUGUGGUGCUUAGGGAAGAAAUACUUCUCCUCCAGACCAUCCUCUCAUCAAACUUCAGAACUGUACAUUUCUGCACACAAGUCCAUCACUGCACCAAAUAAUGAAAAUCCCUCCUCAUUUACAAUGUGA